GCAUCUCCGUCCCCUCAUUCUACAUGGUAGUGUUAGCGUUGAGACUCCAAACACAAUAUCUCGAAACUAUCUUUGGUGAUUCGGGUGUCAAAUUUGAGAAUUUGAGAUUGCCCCGUUGAUUUUUUACGGAAAGCUAUCUGAGACCGAUUCGAACCCUCGAGAGGUGUGCAAUUAAUCAAACGCUCAUUAUCUGGUCGCAUACCCUACUUUCAAGAUGGAUAAUUUCCUGUCCCGGAUGCUUUUAUUUCCCCCUCAUCCCGCGCCUUUGGUACCUCUCUCAGAUUCGCAAUACGAUGCUGGUAUCAUAUCGCAAAUCGAGACUUUGAAGAAAACAUCAGAGAAGACUUUGCUACAGAGCACUGCGGGUGGUGAAAGUCCUUUAGAUGUGAGCAGUGGUGUAUAUAUUACCGUCAGCCAUGAGCUAAUAUGUUUAUAUUAGGUUAUCAACCCCUCGUUAAAUACUGUUCCAUAUAUUUACAUUCUAAAUGCCCAUAUCGCUGCAGCUUACAAAAAUGAGAAGGGAAUCAACAUCGACGAUUUAUGGGAUAAAGCGACAAGUUUCCUACACAGUUUCGAUCGAAGGCAGAUUCGAUAUCUUGGUGAGGAAUUGCAAGAUAUCAUGAGUUUUGUAGCGGAAGUUGCUUCGCAGCAACAUCAGGUGCGUAAAAGUAACGCUUUUGGUGUUACAUUAAGAAAUACUAAAGCUCGUAAAGCCCGGCGCUGCCAUCCCACCAAUUCGAGAACCUCUACUUCGAAUCGACCCCUCGGGAUCAGUCCUGACCUCGAAUCAUUUAUUUCUUGUUCGAUUGGCUCUCCAAACACGAUGUUUCACUGCCAUCACAGAACUUCUUGACAAACCUGUCCUUUACAUCCCCGCCAAAGAGCCAGUAUCAUACACAAAAUUUCUUUGCGAGGCCGACUUACCAGCACAAUCCUAUGUGACGAUCAAAUCGGGCUUCACUUCCAAACUAAAACCUCUUGACGUUCUAGAGUAUUUCUAUUACGCCGGAUCAGUCUACAUUGGUUUACAUAAAUGGGAUGCUGCAUUAGAGAUGUUGGAGGAUGCUAUAACGUACCCGGUGAACGAAGGUGGUGUAAGUCUCGUUAUGGUUGAAGCAUAUAAAAAAUGGUUACUCGUUGGAAUUCUUCAAUAUGGAAGGGUUCUCCAGCUUCCACAAACCACUUCUGCUCCUGCCGCUAAAGCAUACCAUAUUAUUGCAAAACCAUAUGAAGCUCUCGCCAGCAUUUUUGAAACUGGAUCAGCUGCGCGACUAAAGAGUGAAGCCGAGUUCGGUCGACAAUUAUGGACUGACGAUGGUAAUUUCGGUCUAAUGUACUGUGUUCUGUGCGCCUAUCAAAAAUUUCAAAUCCGUAACCUCGCUAAUAUUUAUUCGAAAAUUGGAGCUGCGGAUAUUAUGAGCCUCACGACGAGUGCAGAAACUGGUGUAAAGUUGACUUCAAUUAAACAAAUUGAAGAUCUUAUACAAAGCAUGAUUGCCGACGGCACCUUACCUGCAACUAUGAUUCGAGAUCAAUCUGGACAUGCAGUCCUCGCUUUCUCACCAACUGGACCUGUCCUUUCGGAAACCCAGGUUCAAAUUGAUUUAGUGGCAUCGACUCGACGUAUCCAAUCUCUAGCCAAACAAAUCAAAGUCACAGACAGAGUAUUGACACAUGAUAAGCGAUAUCUCGACAGUGCUCAGAGAGCUAAGAGCAAGGCGAAGAAGGUUGGUGGUGUGACUGUGGAUCCUAUGGAUUGGAAUACCGUAAUCGAGGAUGAGGAUAUAAUGACGGAGAUGUAUUGAUUUUAGUUACGGUGGAAGAGGAUCAAGUUAGCCGUCAAAACGGAAGGGUUUUGCUUUUCGGGAAGACACGAUAUGGAUAAUAAGUCGUGAAAAGCGAUAUCUGGUGCAUGGUGUGAUACACAGUUAAGCUUUUCGAAGAAAUCGAAAGCAGUGGCGUAUGGGGCGGCGUCUUAUGAAGAUAUGAUAGGAAUGAUUCUAUGAACUAGAGGAAGCAAUGAUAUGAAUGAAGGAACGAGCAAGCAAGCAAAUGGG